AUGCCUUCGAGUCCUAAUACUUAUGUUCCCGAUGUGAGCUUGCUCUCGGUAAGCUUGGGGCACCAUGCAACUCCUACGAACAUGGUUUUGGCACAACAAGUACAGGAGCAUCAAGACCAAAUUAAAGCUCAAGUCCAACCCGUUCAAGUGGCUGAUAUAACGAAUGUUUCGGUGUCCAUGGGCAUCCCCACGUCUCCUUCAUUAUCCAAAGCCAAACCACGUCGCCGUCGUGCCGAUGGCAGCGGCAAUUUGACUGUAGAACAAAAGCGACGCAUUUGUGAAAAACAUCGUAGUACACCUAAAAUUACACAGAAAGAUUUGUGUCGAUGGGCCAAGCUCGAGUUUAAUUUACAACGUGCACCUACACAGCCUACGAUGAGUAACAUUCUCAAACACGAGCACAUGUUUAAAGACAAUAUCUUGGGAGUCUUAGGCUCCCAGCGCAAGACUAUUCGACCUACACGUCAUGCUCACUUUGACCAAGUCUUAGCUAAUUGGGUCAUGGAGCGUCAGAACAAAGGAAAUAUUACGGGAGAUAUGAUUAAGACUAAAGGUCGGGAACUUGUCAAACAAAUGGGACUUGAAGGCAAACUUGGCUUCUCGAAUGGAUGGUUGGCCUCAUUUAAAGCACGUCAUGGACUUAUGAAGCGUAUUAAUAAUGUUCAGAAUGACAAGCCUAGUAUGAGCGUAGGGAUAGUCAAAGACGGUGGAGCUUACGGAGGCAUCUUGGAUGCAAACAACGGCAUGUUACCCAAUGGUGUCUCGGUUGAUCCUAACUACAUGCUACCACCAGUCUCGAUGGACUUGACACUCGAACAAAUUCAAGAGAUGCUGCGCGAAUAUGUGCCCAGUGACGUCUACACAGUGGACGAAACGGGUUUAUUUUUUCGAGCGUCACCUAAUAAACUCGUGCAAGGAGAUGAAGCACAGUCGAUGCUGGCAGAUGAAGCAAGAUUGACGGUAUUGCUGGCAGUGAAUGCAGAUGCGUCGGAUCUUAUGGAGCCUUACAUUAUUGGCAAUGUAGUCCCUCCCAAGAAUAUCAAAAUGGCUUCCAUCUCACAGCUCGGCUAUCACUAUGUAUGCAGUAGUAAAGCACGAAUGACUGUCUUUAUUUUCCAGCAAUGGUUACGUGAUUUCAACGCGCGGAUGGCCAGUGCACACCGAAACGUUGUAUUACUCAUGGACAAUGCUCCGUCCCAUGUAUUGGGAUGCGUCGCUCUUUCGAAUGUACGUGUAGUCAUGUUUGCUCCACAUCUUGGAAUGAAGGUUCAACCCAUGCGUGGUGGAAUUCUCACUGCGUUUAAAGGCAAGUAUCGUCUCAAACAUCUCACACUUGCUAUUGACCAUCUUGAAGAUGGGCUGUCAGAUAUCUACCAUGUGACACAAGUGCAAGCUAUGGGGUGGAUUGUGGAUGCAUGGCAACAAACAUCUCGGGAAAUGAUUGUAAAUGCCUGGAAACCGCUUGGUAUUGUAGCACCAAUUACUUUGGAUUCAAGUAUGGAUGGAGGCGAUGACAAGAAUGUGGAGGAAGAACUUUGGGGACUGCUCUAUUGCUUGCAACUCAGUGGAGUCGUCAAUACAAAAAUUUUAGUAAACUCGCGCUGGGAGAAUGACAUUCACAAACGGUUAAAUGAGGAUAUGAUUGAAGACCCAAAAGAAAACGACGAAGAGUUUCGCGUGCCAAAUGCCCCAAUUGUUGAUCGGUCUCGGAUUGGCAGUGCCCAUUUGUCCGCCGACGAUGAAUCUCUACCUGGCAGUCAGCAGAUUACUGCAAAGGAGCAGCUUAAAGCAUUUCGUGACGUUAUUCGAUACCUGGAGCGUACCGGUACAGCUGAUGCACGAGAUCUGCAAUUGCUAAACGUCAUUGAAUUUCUUAAAAAGAAGCAGCUUAGCCUACGCUUUGACAAUGCCAGCAACACAACCCUCACCAUAUGA